AUGAAACUCUCCAAGACCGAAGCCGAAGAAGGGCUCAUCAAAGUAGGACGAAUGACCAGAGAGCAACUCGAUAGGGCUGGAGCUAAUGCGAUAGCGACCGUCUUCGUAGAUGAAGUCAAGCGAAACUACUCUGCAUUCUUCUCUGACGAACCCAAUCCAUCUAGCCUCAAGUCCAAGGCAGCACGACUCUUCUCGCGAGUCCCAGGCGCGCCCGGGAUCGUGAUUUUCGACAAGAAGCCUGAGACAGUGGACAAUCGUCCAAGAAUGUCUCUUUCUCUUGCCGACGCCGAGAAAAAGCUCAUCAAGCGAGGAGCAGUCACCGAGGAGAAAAUCGAGGAGAUGGCGAAGCGGCCAAACUCUCUCAACGGACGAGACAAGCAGUGGAUGACCAAGCUCUUCCUCGAUGAAGUCAAGAAGGACUACUCCGCAUUCUUCCCCUCUGAACCUGAGGUAGCUUUCGGAAAUCUCAAGAAGACUGCCACUAAACUCUUCAAAUACGGAGGAACCCAGAAAUUCUUCAUCAAGCGUCAGCAGAAAAAGUCCGAAGAGUAA